AUGUUUUUUAUCAUUUUUUUGAUAGGAAUAAUCAAAAUUUCUUUAAUUCGAUCAUUUAAUACAUCUUAUAUAGAAGAGGAAGCUCAAAUUAUUUCCAGAGCAUGUGGUGCUCUAUACAAUGAAAAAUUAUUUAAAAAAUGUUAUGAAGAAGAUGAAUAUAUUAGCAGUAAAUUAAAAUUACUUAGUGUAGUUGAAAAAAAGAAAACAUUUUUUAUAGAUCAUUUUAUUACACCAAUAUUAGAAUUUAAACAUGAUAAUAAAACAUUACUUGUCUUAAAUCGUCAAACUACUAAUAAUUUUCAAUUAAUUAAACAAAUAAUAUCUGGCUUUACACCAAUGACAUCAUACAAAAAUAAUAUGAAAAUUAAUAGUUAUCAUAAAUCCAAUUAUAAUCAUACAUAUCAGGAAAUGUUUAAUCAAAUAAAGAAAUUAAAUAUAACGGGUCAGUAUAAAAAUAUUAUUUUUGGUGGUUUUUCACUUGGUGGUGGAUUGUCAAUAAUAAUGGCAUUGAAGUAUGCAUUAAAAACAAAUAUAUCACCAAAUAAUAUUAAAGUUUAUACACUUGGUUCACCUAGAACAGGAAGUUAUUCUUUUUCAAAAUAUUACAAUGAAUAUGUACCAUAUACAUAUCGUAUUGUUGUUAGAAAUGACGUAGUAACAUCUUUUCCAAAAUGUAAUGGAAAUAGUCUUUACAAUAUAUGUGAAGAUGAUUCUAAUACAUUUUUUAAUUAUUAUUAUCAUGUUGGAACGGAGGUAUUUUAUCCUUAUGGUACUAGUAAUGGAAUUUAUAUUAUUUGUGAUAAACAUAUAGAAGAUGACCAAUGUUCUCGAAAAUUUAAUACUAUAUUCCGUAUUAUAAAUGUUUUAUUGAAUAGAGAUUAUUAUAAAAAUGUACAUAAAUCUUAUUUUAAAAUUAAAAAAACAUCUGAUGAUACAUUUAAUAAUAUUUGUUAUUAA